AUGCCUCCGGUUGGUGGGAGAUACGAAUGGCCCGCCUCCGCUCAGCAGGAGCACCUGGAUUGGUUGUCCAGCACCCGGAUGCUAUGGCAACAGGUGGUGUUUGACAAGGUUUCCGGAGCCCCUGGGUAUAGUGGGAAUUGUAGUCUCGAUCUGGCGCCAAGGUGCGGCGGCCGGUCAGAUGCUGGGAGGUGGGAUGGCAGCCACGGCCAAAGUGGCCUCACGGUCUUUCUGAUCCUGACGUGCCUGUUCUGGAGCAUUAUCGGCCUCCGGGUCUCCUGGCUCAUUCCUAAGAGUCCCAGCUGGUGUGUUAUCCUCAUUAUGUUGGUGACCCGUUCAGUUUGUUGCUAUCUCUUUUGGCUGAUUGCUGUUCUGGCGCAACUCAACCUUCUCUUUGGACCACAGUUGAAAAAUGAAACCAUCUGGUAUCUCAAGCACUGCUGGCCUUAA